AUGAACCGCAGUUUUGUCAGAAAGCUACUAAUUUUUCUAUUACUACUGGCUAGCUGCGUAGCUGCGGUGAAAAAAUUAGAAGUUUACGAUGAUGACAGUGUGUUAGAGAUAAAUCUACGUAAUCUACGUGACAGUAUACCAUACAUCAAACAAAUAUACAUUUCACCCAGUAGUAAUGUAACUUUGAGUAUAACAAACAUUUCUUCCAAUAUUGCAUUUUACAUUGUUCAAAUUCAUGCUCACCUGCAUCCAGUUACAUUAUCUUAUGAUGCAAAUUAUAAAACAAGCAUAUAUGGAUCAAACAUUGGCCUUUACGUCAAGUCCACUUUUAAUAAAGUAUCAACAUUGUUCUUCAAAAAUGAGGAAAGUUAUGCUAUAAAGGCCAUGCUUGUUAUUAUGGGUUACAAUGAUAAAGCACCCAUACCGGGUGGAUGCAACAUGGAGUUCGAAACCGAAAUUGCACCAUACGCAAAAGUGCUUACAUCGGACACUAUGAUAGUAGUCGACGUGCAAGCAGCCUCCUUACCCUUAAUCAAUGGCACGGCACAAACCUGUGAGAAAAGUCCAGUCACACUUGAAAUGUAUCAGGUAUUUUUACCUGAGCAGGACAGAUCUGUUGAAACUUAUUUCUCGUACAUCACGAGUAUGUUGACCGCAAGCAGCAUUAAGGAACAUGGUCAGGAGAUAACGAGUUCGGUUCUUUCUAAUCCGAUGAGACGAAUUUUCAACGCGUACACCGGAACUGGCUCGGUUUACGUCGCAGUGGCCAAUUAUGGUAAAUAUUCCGCCGCUUACGUUCCAGCAUUAUCGUACGGCUGCAAUCCUGUAGGAGAUCCAGAAUCGUGCCAAGUUCUGAAUGAUUCGUACUCGAAAUUCGUCUGCGCCUGCUGUUUCUUCAUAGGGCUGUUUUCGGUUUUCUGCGGGCACAAAUGUCCUAUAGUCGACAAAACAGUACCGGUAUUCUUUACUGCAACGAUGAUCGGUUACAUCGCCGCAGGACAAAGCAUUACGGCCGGUUGGGUGAUAGGCUUGGUGAUAGCAGCGGUGUAUGGAUUGUGCCAACACUUUCUAGUCUUCAGACUAUUGCUUGUGCUCACAUUGGGAUCGUUUUUCGGUUGUGUCGCCUAUUUCCGUUUCCCAGAAUCCUUUAUAAUCACGCAAAGCGAUGGAGCCUUUUGGGCAUUGUUUGCGACUAUUGCUGUUAGCGUUUCUAUAAUCAAACUAAUAUUAUACUCGUGCACCCGUGGCCUUCUGAGCUGUGCCAUAAUUGGAUCCUAUAUGAUAAUCUUACCGUUCGAUUAUUAUACUGGAUCUGCUCUGAAAUACAUCAUCAUAAAUAUUGCGCGAAGAUGUACCGUUUCUGACUUCAGAUUUGCCAUUAUCCAGCCUCCGGUUCAAUCCAAAGACAUAACAUUAAUUGUAUUAUGGACUUUACUAGCGAUUUGGCGUUGUUUAAAGGGUUUCUCAGUGCCUAUUUUAUGUCAGCCUUCAAAUGUGGAAUCAGAGGAAACAACACAUUUACUUGGCGAGCCUACCGCGCCUAGUGCACCUAGCAUACCAACUUUAAAUAGUUUUAGUCAGAGUUAUCAUGGCUAUCGUGGCAGCCAUAGAGGCAGAAAACAUUCAACAUAUUUACAUAUAUAAAGGAACUACGAGGGUGUUUUUAUUAUGAACGAAUCCAGAUAUCUUGCAUUGUCAUUAAAAUGAAAUAACAUUUAUUGAAUCGAGACAGUGACACCUAACAGUGGUUCUAUAUCCUACUACUUACAAUCUUAAAGAUAAUCACAGCAACAAUAUUAUCUUCAUUAUUCACAACACUUACGUAGAUUACUAUCGCAAUAAUAUAUUAUUUUCAUUAAUAAAUUUGUUAAUACUCA